ACAACAAUUGAUGCGUUUUCAGAGUGAAAAGCCGUUUUCAGAUUUCUCCGGCUUAGUGUGGACGCGGCCUUAUUUAUAUGAAGACUAUCCCUUGUGAUUAUUUUCUCUCACUUGUUGAGGCUAGGCGUCUUUUCUUGUGACACUGAAUGCUAAAUUGAAUCCAUCCUACAUCCACAGAUAAACUUAGUACCAAGAAAAAAAUGGACAGCAAAGCGAACUAUUCCUCUACAGAAUCGAGCGACGAAGAAAAAGACUGGGGACCUUGUGUACGCACUCGACGUCGGGGACGACGCCAUUUUCAUCUUACGUCAAAAUGUAUGAACUUCUCAGGGCCAGAAAAAAGUUGGACAGCAAACCAAAAUAUUCCUUCGAAGAUCGAAUCGAGCGACGAUGAAGGAGACUGUCUCGCAGCUCCUCAAGACGCAAUGGAUCCCAGAGUCGCAAAGCUCUUAGAGGGAAAAACUGAUGAAGAGAAACUUCAAGUUAUAGCAUUGUCUUUUGGGUGCCUUUUAACAAGGCCAACAGCGGUUAACUCAAGCUGUGACCCGCCAUUGAAAGAUGAAGUCAGGUCGAAGAAAAACUUGAACAGCAAACCGAAAUAUUCCUUCAAAGAACUGAGCGACGAAGAAGAAAACUUUGGUAAUUUAUUUGGAUUGGUAUUUGUAGGACUUAUAGUGUUACGUUGCUCGUUUAUUUCUUCUAAGAUCUCUCAGAGGGUGAUCCGUCGUCUCAAAACCUUUCAAUAACCCUUUCAAUGUAAGUCGAGAAAAUUUCCAUAUAUUGUAUUAAUUUUAUUAAAAAAUUAGUUCCAUCCAGAUCAUAAUCUCUUGUUCCAUGUCAUACCUUCUUCACGCAACAACUCCGUUAACAAUAUUUUAAACAUGUCAGUGGAACCUCGGUUUAACGAAGUCCCUAACGAAGUUAAUCAAAGUUAAUUUAACGAAGUUAGCCAGGAAAAAGUUGGACAGCAAACCGAAAUAUUCCUUCGCAGAAUCGAGCGA